AUGCGCCGGCUACUCGUAAGGAAGAUCAUCACACCUCAAGUGUGCACUAUUGCAACUCAGGCUUUUGUGAAUAACAUAGGAGAGGUUGAGGAGGCGCUUCAGACAGCGAUCAACCAAAGACCGGAGCUCAUUCGUCACGGUCGUCGUCUCUUCGAGACUGAAGUUCUUGAGGAUCUGCCAUCUGCGUAUUCGUGGGAGGUAGCGAGGAAGAUUUGCCAAAUGGCAACACAGCUGCGUAUUUCUCCUGUCAAGAGCCCGCUCUACUCAAAGGUUGUCGAAAUGAGCAUGGAUGCUACUGCAGUUUCCAGCACAGAUCUGUAUGCCCUUGCGCGAGUGAUUCAUAGUUGCCUAGUACUCUGCUCACCUCUUCUUUAUGAAGUACUAUUCACAUUUAUUCCACUGCUUAUAAAGCAAGCCUCGAUUAUGAAUGCGUUAUCGAUAGCGAUCGUGAUUAAUGCCUACGGGCGUGCCGAGGUGCACCAUCCAGCCUUAUUUCAGGCUCUUUGCGAUUCCGCUGCAAACACGCUGAAGAGUCCACAAAUUCAGCUGCCUCAUAUCGCCAACGUGGCUCAUGCCCUUUCUCGUGUACAUUUUUUCCACAGACCGCUGAUGCUAGUCCUGCGUGAUCAGGCGUCUCGGAUGGGAAAGGAUGCCCAGCCGCUUGUGAUGGUCACACUUCUUGAUGCUUUUGUUGAGCUUGGUUUUAUCGACGAAGAGGUUUUCUCUGCAUAUGAGUCAAGGUUAUUGGAUAACCUCAAAGAUAUACAACCGCCGCUUAUCGCGUCGUUACUAGAUUGUCUGGCUACUGCUGGACGCGCAACGCCGAAGUUGCUGGAGACGGUGGAAAAAUAUAUUAUAGAACAGUCGAACGCUUUCAAUUCUGUUUCCAUCUCAAUGACCUUUCAUGCUCUUUUCAAGGCCAAUGUCCUUUUAGAGGAGGCCUUUGGUGUCUUAGCGGAGCGUGCAUGCAAGCUACCGGCUGAUUUCCGUCCAGAAGAAAUUUAUCACACCCUUAAUGCUCUUAGUUCCUUUGACUUGUUUGAUGGUGAGCUGUUUCCACUUCUCGCAUCGCGGUUUAUGACUCUUAUGAAGCAGGGUGACUAUGUUGGCGUAGAGGAAGCAGCCGGUAUUUUGGCGAGUUUUGCCGCCGUUCAGGAACGUCAUGACGAACUGAUUCAUGGCUGCACACAGCUAUUUGUGGCACAUCUUGGGAGCGCCAUGCGUCCCUCAGCACUUGUUAACGCAUUAUGGGCCUGCGCGAUUUUCAAUAUUCGUAAUGAGGCUCAAAUGAAAUUAUUAGAAGAGGCCAGAAAGAAUCCAAGGCUUUUGGACCUUCAGUUUGCACCGAAAGGUAAACUAUGUGAACGAGAGAACAUUAUAUUGAAGGAGCGUUAUGACCAUGUCCUAAGGGUGUACGGUAUCGAUUCGUCUGAGCACAUUGUUUCAUAA